AUGGACGGAGCCAGCAAGCUGUACAAUUCUCUGCAAUACGCGGUCGACCGGCUUCCUGAUAUGAGCGCGGCUGGUCGAGGCGGCAGAGGGGACUUAGAAGCGGGGCCUGAAUCAGGCUCGGAUUCGGGUCUCGCUUCGGGAUUUUCGUCAACAGCAGGAUGGUCGGUGCCGUCCGCCGUCGAUAUGCGAUGGAGAGCACCAGGCGGCCAAUCCUCGGGCUCUACUAACGGGGGCUUCACGGGGACGAGCGGGCUGUCGAUUCAGUCAGGUGGUGCACCACCAUCCACCCAAUCCGGCUUCCCAUUCUCACAGCCGCAGUCCGUCGGCCUCUCAGGGUCAGGAGGCCAGGCAUCCGUUGCAGCGCGGGAGUUGAUUGUCAAUGUCCAACCGCUCGUCUUCAUCCUCACCCUCAUGUUUCUCCUCAUGCUUCUCAGCUUCCCUCAGGCUUCAGAGUUUCUGCUGUGGGUGUUCAUCGGAGCGUUUGUAGCAGCCAUGCUGCGAGGCCUCUCCCUCUACCGCCAUCUAGCCGACCAAGCCAGAGCCCAGCGUGCCUUCGCUCGCCUCCUCGGCCUCCCCCCUUCCUCCACCUCCUUUCUCCUCUCCAAUCCAUCUGCGCUCGCCUCCCCUUUCCCCCCCUUUGGACCGCCGUUCUCGAAUCUUCCCUUCCAACCUUCAUCGUUCUCUGCUGCUGCAAGGGGUGCUGCAGUCCCUCUCUGCGACCUCCCCUCCUUCCCCUCUCUCUCCCCUUUCCCCGCCUUCCCCUCAUCUCUCUCCCCUUCCAUCUCCCCGUCCUCCUCUUCUGGAAACCUCAGUCAGUCCACGUCAGCAGCGGCCAGAUCAGCAUCCGCAUCAGGUCCAGCUGGAGCUGAGUCAGCAGCAUCUGCUUCUGCCGCCCAACGCAUGCACAUGCAGCAGCCACAGGCACAGGCACUAUCAGAGCUCGGUGGAGAGUGGUUUGGAGUGGGGGAUAGGAGUGGAAGGAUGGAGGACGGGUCGUUGCUUGCUGCAAGAAUAGGGUCGUUGGUUCGAGCACAGCAGCCAGGGGCACAGCAGCCAGGGCAGCAGCAGGGGCAGCAGGAGGAAGGGGAUCGCAUGUGGUUGGAGCACCAGGCGCAGCUGCGGCGGUUACAACAGCACCUGGGGUUGCAGCUGGCGCUCAUGCACAGAGAGCUGCAGGCGUCAGAUUACGAAUUGCUGCGUGCACUGGAUGCGGACAACACUCCGGCAGUCCCUGCUCUGAGCGACCUUGAGAUUGCUCGUCUACCUGCCUUUCCAUACAAGCCGAAGAGAAGUCGGUCUGGCGCAUACAAGCCACGGGCCGGCCCCUCUUUGCCAGCAGCAGCAUCAGCAACCCCAGCUGCAUCAGAUGCAUCGGCAGCAGCAGCAGCAGCCAGCGCAGCAUCAAGCAAUCUGGUGUCAAGCCAGCAGGGGAAGGAGGGAGAUGAGAGCAAAGGCAGCAGUGAGCAGUGUACAGUGUGUCUGGAGCCUUUCCAGGAAGGGGAAAUGGUUCGCCUGCUACCGUGCCUACACCAGUUCCACUCGCAGUGCAUUGAUCAGUGGCUUCAACGCCAAGCCAACUGCCCUAUUUGCAAGCACCAACUUGUGCUGUCAUGA